GAAAAUAACCUCAAACGCGAAAUGACAAAAAUCACAUCGUAACAAAAAUAGCAGAAACCCAAAUUACAACAAAUAUUUGAAAUUAUUUAAUACACAAUGUCACGAAUAACAAUUACGAAAGUGCCGUUCAGGAAAUUGAACUUAUUAUUUCGUUCCUCAGAGAUAUGCCAAGACUUAAAGUAUAUGAAAUUUGGAACAAGCACACAACUUAGAACUGCUAGUAAAGAUGAAAAUGAAAUUGAUGUAAAUAAGCCAGUUCCAUUUAAAGACAGUGGAGCACACAGGUGGAAAGCAGAAUAUUCCCGAAGGGGCACUAAUGCAGAACCUCGAUUGUGGUACGAAGCGCACGUAGUUUCUUUAAGUUUAGCAGUGUUUUUAUUAUACUUUUGCGUAUUUCGAGAGGAAAGUGACAUUGAUGAAGAACUAGGAAGAUCCUUAUAUUCUAGAAUUGAUGGAUUAGAAGAAGUACAACUACGAUUAAGUUACAAAUACAAUUUAGAAAACGGACUUGAUGUCAAAGACAUAGAAAGAAGAAUGCGUGAAUUAGAAAUGAACAAGGAUUCGAAAUAA